AUGGCUACUACAUGUUCUCUCACUUUUCUCCUCUUAUUUCACUUGUCCUUCUAUCUGAAUUUCACUUCUUUUGCGUUAAAACAAGUCUCUUCGUCAUCCAUUGCUUCCCACCAGAUCAAGUUCUGGUCGGAAAAUGUGCACAACCAAAUGCCAGAAUCUGUUUUCAAAAAGCUAUCCCCAUUAACAAAAAAAGAUCAGGAUUAUUACACUAAUAUGAUAUCCAAAAACAAAUUCACAGAAAAUCCCAGUUUUUGCUCAGUUGCAAAACUCUCUUGUUCAUCUAAAUUCGAUGAUUUCAAGAGAGCGGCGAUAUUGAAGUACAAUGGUGCAACAACUAUUCAAUCCAAAAAUGUGGACAAAUUUUCCUACUUCAGGCUCUCUAUCCUUAGAGAAGGAAAUAAAUUCCAUCUCCCAGAUUUAGUAGAAAAUAUUCCGAAUCGAGCAUUUCUCCCUCAAGAAAUAGCAUCAAAAAUUUCUAUCAGCAGAAGAAACAUCAGAAAAAUAUUUCCCAAGUCCUUUAAACUGUCGAAAAAUUCCAUCGAAACUACUCUUUCUUAUUGUAAUGCAAAACCUAUAAAUGAAGAAAUCAAGAAUUGCCCCAAAUCCCUUGAAGAAAUGAUUAGUUUCUCAAAGUUGGCCUUAGGCAAAAACAAGUUACUUGCGCUGGCUUCACAAAGCGCAAAAAGAGGUGAUUUCCUGAUAAAAAAGGUAGAGAAAUUUGAUAGGCAGAAAAUAGUUGCCUGCCACGAAGUUUAUCUUCCCUUUGCAGUCUACUUCUGCCACUCAGUCUCUUCGUCUCAAAUCUAUGCGGUAAACUUGGUUGAAGCUGAAAGUCAACUCCCAGUCAAAACUGUUAUCGGGAUAUGUCACAUGGAUACCUCGGCAUGGCCUGAGAAUCAUGUAGCUUUUAAGAUACUGAACUUCUCCCCUGGAGAAGGCGAGGCAUGUCACUGGAUGUCGAACAUUGAUCUUGCAUGGAUUGCCGAUGAUUAG